GGGCGCCCUGUAACUGGGAAGGCCAGGCCGGCCAUCCCACGGGAGGAGGCGUGAGCAGGGCGGGGCAGGAACGUCUUUCUCCCGGGCCGCGCCCUGGGCGGGCACAGAUACCUGCCUCACAGACCAUGGCUGCAGCGGCGUUGAGGCAGAUUUGGACCCGAAAAUUUCUCCCUGUCCCUUGGCUUCUGUGUGGUCCCAGAAGAUAUGACUCAUCGAGCUUCAAGGCUGCAGACCUGCAGCUGGAGAUGACACAGGAGCCUCAUAAGAAGCCUGACCCCAGCAAGCCCCUGCUGUUCGGGAAGACAUUCACCGACCACAUGCUGAUGGUGGAAUGGAACAGGGAGAAGGGUUGGGGCCAGCCCCGAAUCCAGCCCUUCCAGAACCUCACAGUGCACCCGGCCUGCUCUGCUCUCCACUAUUCCCUGCAGCUCUUUGAAGGCAUGAAGGCAUUCAAAGGCAGGGACCAGUGCGUGCGCCUCUUCCGACCUUGGCUCAACAUGGACCGGAUGCUGCGCUCGGCCCUGCGCCUCUGCCUGCCGAGUUUUGACAAGGUCGAGUUGCUCCAGUGCAUCUGCCGGCUGGUGGAAGUUGACAAGGACUGGGUUCCCGACAGCUCCGGCACCAGCCUCUAUGUGCGGCCUGUGUUAAUUGGGAACGAGCCCUCGCUAGGUGUCGGCAACCCCACGCGAGCCCUCCUGUUCGUCAUUCUAUGCCCGGUGGGCGCGUACUUCCCUGGAGAUGCCUUGAGCCCUGUCUCUCUCCUGGCCGACCCAUCAUUCAUCCGGGCCUGGGUGGGUGGGGUCGGUGACUACAAGCUGGGGGGGAAUUACGGGCCCACCGUGUUUGUGCAGCAGGAGGCCCUAAAGAAGGGGUGUGAACAGGUCCUGUGGCUGUACGGGCCUGACCACCAGCUCACUGAGGUGGGCACCAUGAACAUCUUCAUCUUCUGGACCCACGAGGAUGGGGCGCUGGAACUGGUGACCCCCCCACUGGACGGUGUCAUCCUGCCUGGAGUAGUUCGACAGAGUCUGCUGGACCUGGCUCGGACCUGGGGUGAGUUCCGGGUGGCAGAGCGUAAGAUCACCAUGAAGGAGUUCCUGCAGGCGCUGGAGGACGGCCGGGUUCGAGAAGUCUUCGGUUCAGGGACCGCUUGCCAGGUCUGCCCUGUGCACCGAAUCCUGUACCAAGGCAAGCACCUCCACAUUCCCACCAUGGAAAAUGGGCCUGAGCUUAUCCUCCGCUUCCACAAGGAGCUGAAGGCGAUCCAGGAAUGUUUCCUCUCAUAAGCCUCUGGAGGUAUCUUCAUUCGUCUGGACCGAGGUAUCUUGCCUUUCCCGGCACUCGUGUGAGCGUCUGUAAACUCCUGUGCACCCGGACCUGGAACUACACCUCUUGACUCAGCUGAAAACGACUUUUUCCCAGAGCCUUCAGGGUCUUACAAGAACUCCUCUUUGCAGAAUUACAUCUCCCGUGAGCCUCUGCACCAUACUUGCCACGACUCCCCUCCCCAUGAUGGUUGGUGGGCUUCUGGGAAGUGGAAUACACUUCCCAUGAGGUCCUGGGGCGCAACUUCACCAGCACUCAGCCUGGGACGCCGCAGGGCCUGCUGGGAGUUGUAGUGUGGCUUCCCCUCACCUCCGCCUGUGUUAUCCCGCAGUAUGGAGCAAAAGCCCACGAGUGGAUGCUACCUGUGUGAUGCUGCGGGCUGUGCCGGACCACUCCACGGAUCCACCGACCUGUAGCAUCCAAUCCCUGUUGGACCUUUGUCUCCAUACCAGUGAUUCACCUGAAGUGCAAUAUGAAAUAAAAGGCGGCAGGCCGGGACGCCUGGGUUUCCGGUGCUCCCACGUUACACUCCCAAAGCCAUAAGGGCCCGACCCAGGCGUCUUGGCCCCUAGCCCCGCCACUCAGGCCUUGGGGACCUGGACUCCCCGCUGCUCCGUGUUGUGGGGUCAAGGAUACACCUUGACUCAGACUCUGCAUCUCCAUUUUCAGGCCGGAUCAACCGGUGCUGCUGUUGACUUUUUUUUCCUAGCUGCAAUUUUGAAAUAAAAUGCCAAAGAACAAGCCA